AUGGUAGGCUCUGUGGGGAAAAAAGGUGGAGUCUUUGUUGCGAAUUCUAUGGCUGGUUACCAUUUAAAGGAUAUUUCAGCAGGAAAUAGUUUGAAGAAAAAUUUGGACCAGGUUCCCACUCUUGCAAAAGCGUAUGGUACACAGGCAUCUUUGCAAAAGGAUGAUUUGUCAAAUGACGACAAAGGCUUCAAGGGACAUGAUAUGCUGGCACCCUUUACAGCUGGAUGGCAGACUACAGAUUUGAAUCCCCUUGUAAUUGAGAAGUCAGAGGGCUCCUACGUAUAUGACGCCAAUGGAAAAAAGUAUCUUGAUGCCCUUGCUGGUUUAUGGUGCACGGUCCUAGGUGGUAAUGAGCCCCGCCUCGUUGAGGCUGCAACGCAACAGCUAAAGACACUGCCAUUUUACCACUCCUUUUGGAACCGAACCACAAAGCCCUCUUUGGAUCUUGCUAAGGAACUCUCUGAUAUGUUCACUGCGAAUGAGAUGGCUAAAGUCUUCUUCACGAAUAGCGGAUCAGAAGCAAAUGAUACACAGGUGAAGCUGGUUUGGUAUUACAACAACGCCCUUGGGAGGCCAGACAAGAAGAAGUUCAUUGCUCGUGCAAAAUCAUACCAUGGCUCCACCCUUAUAUCAGCCAGUCUUUCGGGUCUGCCUGCACUGCACCAGAAGUUUGAUUUGCCGGCUCCAUUUGUAGUGCACACCGAUUGCCCUCAUUACUGGCGUUUUCAUCUCCCAGGUGAAACGGAGGAGGAGUUCUCUACCAGGUUGGCCAAUAACUUGGAAAAUCUUAUCCUUAAAGAGGGGCCUGAGACGAUUGCUGCAUUUAUUGCCGAGCCAGUUAUGGGGGCAGGUGGCGUAAUACCUCCGCCCGCAACUUAUUUUGAGAAAAUUCAAGCUGUUGUUAAAAAGUAUGAUAUCCUUUUCAUUGCUGAUGAGGUGAUAUGUGCCUUUGGGAGGCUUGGAACUAUGUUCGGCUGUGACAAGUAUGGCAUCAAACCGGAUCUUGUGACCAUAGCUAAGGCGCUAUCUUCUGGAUACAUGCCUAUUGGAGCUGUUCUUGUUAGCCCUCAAGUCUAUGAUGUCAUACAUGAUCAGAGCAACAAGCUUGGUGCCUUUUCCCACGGGUUUACAUAUUCCGGACAUCCUGUCCCUUGUGCCGUUGCAUUGGAAACACUUAAAAUCUACAAGGAGAGAAAUAUUCUUGAUCAAGUAAAUAAAAUAGCUCCAAAGUUUCAAGAGGGCCUAAAGGCAUUUUCUGACAGUCCCAUCAUUGGAGAGAUUCGGGGGACAGGUUUGAUUCUCGGGACAGAAUUUGCCGAUAACAAGUCGCCAACCGACCCUUUCCCUUCCGAAUGGGGUGUUGGAGCUUAUUUUGGAGCAGAAUGUGAGAAGCACGGCAUGUUAGUACGUGUUGCCGGUGACACUAUAAUGAUGUCACCUCCGUUCAUAAUGACUCUUGAAGAAGUUGACAAGCUAAUCGACAUCUAUGGAAAAGCUCUGAAGGCUACAGAAGAGCGGGUGCUCGAGCUCAAGUCUCAGAAGAAGUAAAAGAAUAAGGUCCCAACAAAGUAUAUUAUGAUGAUGAUGAUGAUAAUUGGGGCUAUUCUUGCUGGAAAUGGAGAUGUGUUUGCAGUUUGCAGUUACAUAUUUGUGGAAUUUGAAAUAAAGGGACCAAUGUUAAUGAUUUCUUGGGCCUCUUGCAAUUACCUUUUGAGCUAUUGUUUCUCUUUAUUUAUUAAUAGAAGUAAUUUAUUAUGCUGUGUUUCUUUUGGGAUCUUUAUUCUAAUCAAUCUUGUUGAGGUGUUCUAUUUUUUCUUUUUCUUUUUUUAAUCCAUAAGGUUCUGUGUAUUAUGUAAGAAAACUACAGAUGCUUCAAGAUAAUUAACUAGAUUACAUCAGAACAUAAACAUAAUUAGGUUCCUGUAAACCAAGUGCAAAAAUUGAG